AUAGAUGAACUAAAAUUUUUAUUUUUAGACAAAAAAGUUAAUUGUCAUGUCUGUAAUUUCAUUUUAAUUAUGUUUUGUAAAUUUUUAUUUUAUUUUAUUUGCUAAUGAUUAAAUCCGCAAACAAAUUAAAAAAAAAAAAAAGAAGGAAAAUCGCACGAGAGGCGCAACAGCGCACCGGUCAAUCAAGUCGGUAAUUAGGGUUUAACCCAAUCUUGACCAUUUUUCGCAACCACAACUAGCUCAUCAUCAUGUUGUCGGCUCUCCGAUCUCGUUGCUCCUCUCUUCUUCAAGAUCAAUCAUGGAAACUAUGUUUAUCUUCUGCUCCGAAUCGCAUCUUAGCCUGCUCUCCAUUUUUUUCUUCAACCUCCGGAGCCAAAGACGUCUCAGAGAUUCUCAUGCUUCCCGAAGUGGAGAAAAUACUCACUGACGUGAAAGCUGAUAACGUUACGUUGGUUCCAACUCACAAUCACUGUUUCUGGGCCGAUUACAUGGUCGUCGCCACCGGACGAUCCGAUUGGCACUUAAAAAACAUCGCUCAAGCAUUAGUCUAUAAGACCAAGCAAAAACAGAAAGACGCCAAACAUAUAAUGCUGCCUUCUGUGCAAGGGUACGAUAGCAAGUGGAUUGUUAUAGACUACGGAAAGUUUGUAGUCCAUGCACUUGAUGAGAAGGCCAGAGUUUAUUUCAAUUUGGAAAACCUUUGGACUGCUGAAACAUAUGGUACUGAUUCUUCUGAUCUUCAGGGACAUGGAAACAUAAUAUGUGCACAUAGAUACAGACUUAUAACAUCUGCUGUGUCAAUCAUGACGUCCACCAUUACAGACUUCUAACUCACCUGCUAAGUCAAAUCUGCCACAAGCUUGGCUGCAAUAGAUUCAUGUCCUCGAGUCUGCAAAAAAAAUUGAAAAGUCUGUUAGCAAUCAAGGAGAAAGUAAAUAGGGCCACCGGAAUGAAACACAAGUGACAGACUCAAAUCACAUCACCUUGCACUCUCUUGCAGCUGAAGAUAGAUGUCACCAUCAGCAAAACCUUUGAUAUUGAUUAUCCCAAGCUCCAGGUCCAAAUAGCAAGAGUAAAAAAAACAUCCAAUGGAACAACAAGGACAAUAUCACAAAUCAGUUUUUUCCUAAUCGCUUCAAACUACGGAAGAAGUACGAAGGUAAGAAAGAACCUGAGCUAAGGCAGGAUUAGCAAUGCCAGAAGUACAAACGGUGUGGUGUUCUUACAAACUUGCGAGAACGGUGACGCCUGUAAGCAGAUGGAAACGGUGUCGAACUUGUACAGGAUCUCGCUAGAGAAACAUAGCAUUAGCUGGCAUGAUUCCUUCAACCGCAACAGCCUGAAAAAGAAAAGAGAAUAUGAAACUAUAUAUGACAAUUAACAUGCAAUUUCAAGAACAAAUUAGCUUUAGAAAUUCAAAAUAUGCAGUUAUUAAAUGGCACAAAAC